AUGCACAUGGACGACGACCACAGAACUUCCAGUCUUAAACUCGCCUACGGCAUUAAAACCGAGUACAUCAAGGUCGAUUUGUCUGAUCUUCGCUGCAGGCUUUGCGACAAAAACCUCCCAGACCUGAACGCGACAGCCGACCAUCUAAACACUGUACACGGCAAGACGAUCGACAUGAGCGCGAAAUUGGGCGUCAUGCCGUUCGUUUUGCAAAAAGGUUGUUACGUUUGCGCUUUAUGUCAGACGAAGCUGCCCUCGCUGACAGUUCUGUUGCAGCACACGAUAACUCAUUUCAUAGACUUCGCUUGCAAAGUGUGUGGAACCGGUUUCAUGACUGAAGCGGCCAUGAUAAAACACGAGCUCGCAAAGCAUCCGUCGUACGAAGUGUCGUGUAGUAAAAGCAACGAGGUGUUCCCUAAUGUGGAGGCGAAGGACCGUCACAGGCGUAUGAAUGAAAAAUGCUUCCCGUACACGUGUAGUAAAUGCCCGGAGCGAUUUAAUGAUUGGAACACGAGGGGGGACCACUUGAAGUAUUGUCACUGCAAGAACGACCCGUAUCGGUGCGUCGCCUGUGGUGUCAUGUUCACUGAGGAAAAAGAUUAUUAUAUGCAUCUCAAAUUGGAUCAAAAAAAAUAA